UCCGCGUCGACGGCAAAGAUGGCUCCCGAUUUUGUGAGUUCUUGCACCACCUGUGAAAAAUAAACUGCUGAUGUCCUCUGAAGAAGUUUUUUGUUGCAAAUCCGCGCAUCUCCCCGUACUCGGCAACAUUUCCCCUGAUACAGUCUGAUACAAAUUAGCUCGCAGUCGAUACGAAAUGAAGUCUGACGUGGAUGAGUUAAUGCCGAGGCUGCUGCCCAUUGAGUUUGGAGCAGGCACAGAGAGCCUGGAGCUGAACGGACCGCCGAGAAACCCGCAGGAAUACCUCCGUCAGGUCCAGUUGGAGGCGUCACAGUGUCCAGAGGUGGUGGUUGCUCACAUCGACCCCAAGAAACUGAAGAAGAAACAAACAGUCAAUGCCUCUGUGGCAGGCUGUCAUGCAGCUCCAGCAGGGUUCUGCCCCAGUCUCAGUUGGCAGCAGCACCAAGUCAGCAACUUCUCUGGUCUCAGACAGAGCAUAACAAAGAACAGAAGACACUGGAGCAGCCAGUCUCUGGACGACAAUGUGAAGAUGCCAAAGCUAACAGACGAGGAGGGCUGGAAGAGAUUUUGUUUAGGAGAGAUGGUCUAUCUAGGCAUUUCGUCUAGCCCUGCUGAACCAGAGCCAGCACUGGACUAUAGCAAGGUUGGCUUCCCUCCGUUCCUCAGUAUAGUGAGCAGACUGAACCAGUCCACAGUGCUGAUGGUGUUGGACGUUCUAAUCAGCUGGUUUGAUGAACAUGAGUUUGUUCCUCAGUUGGGUCGCUGGUUGUAUUCCUUGUUGGCCUGCCUAGAGAAACCUCUGCUGCCUGAAGCUCACUCCUCCAUCAGACAGCUGGCCAGGAGAUGUGCUCAGCUCCGCAGCACGCUGAUUCCACAGGAGAGUCAGGAGGAUGAGAACCUGCCUGCCCUCAACCUGCUCAUCUGUCUUGUUGCCAGAUACUUUGAGCAGAAUGACCUGGCUGACCAGCCAGAGUGAAAACAGGAUUGAACUGUAGUGGCUGAUAAGAUACUGUGGAAAAAUGUGCUGUCAAGCCCUCUGGCUGAUGCUGCAGUCAGUCAGCAGGCUCAACUAUCAAGCAACAAGAAACUUACGAAACUUGCAAGUGAAGAUGGAGACUCUUUGUCAGUCAAAUCCAACGCAAUAGUGCACACAACCAUGCUGGAGGCCUUGGUGGUUCUGCACGUUGUGAUGAAAGUGGUGCAAACGUUUGAAGACACUGAAUCAUUAAUUCAGAACGUGUAUUACUGCAAGUAACCAAAUAGUUUGGUAACUUGAAUGGACCACUGCUGUGUAACUGGACAGAAGGCAACACAGCUGUUUUUUUUUUUUUUAUUCAUAGGAAAAAUGCGACCUUUUUUCUUUGUGAACUGAGUCUGUGUUUUAUGAUUGUUUUAAAUGCAAGAUUUGUCUAUUAAAGUCUGACGCUUUGUACAAUAAUUACAUGUUUCACCUCAACAACUAUCAAAUAUAGUUAACAUUACUGUUUUUUGGUGAGGCAGACUGAAUUACUGCAAGAAUCACCUACUAGUAAAAUUCAAAAGCUAUUAAGGGUCAACAGGGGCUCAAACUAAGGGAUCGCCUCUUUUUCAGUCAACUUCCAUUUUUUGUGGUAAUGACCCACAGGGCAAGGCUGCCAGGAGCCAGUCACACCUCACAUCAUCUGCCACAUGAGAGAGGACUAAUCAUUCAACUAUAGUUUACUGAAUGCUUCCACUGGUGGUGACAAACAUUUAGUGCAACAUUAUUUUUUUAAUGAUUUUUCAAAUUUAGAAAAUUAAGAUUCAAAACAGACUGAGUGUCAUUUCCUAAAGCUGUUGCAUUUUGAGAGCCUUCACACUGAGACGUCCUUAUCCAGCAACUCUGUAUUGGUCUUGAAAUCUGAACUUGAAAGGCUACACUAGAGGUAAAUUGAUUACUGGUUAACCGACAGAACAGUAGCAACCAUCGU